AGGCAUGCUGGCUGCAGCUCCGGACCCUCCAUGUGCCAAGACCCAUGAUGACACCCAACAGCACUGAGCUGUCAGCCAUUCCCAUGGGGGUUCUGGGGCUUUCCUUGGCCCUGGCAAGCCUCAUCGUCAUCGCCAACCUGCUCCUGGCCCUAGGCAUCGCCCUGGACCGCCACUUGCGCAGCCCACCUGCUGGCUGCUUCUUCCUAAGCCUACUAUUAGCCGGGCUGCUCACAGGGCUGGCACUGCCCAUGCUGCCUGGGCUAUGGAGCCGGAACCAUCAGGGCUACUGGUCCUGCCUCCUUCUCCACUUGACCCCCAACUUUUGUUUCCUUUCCCUGCUUGCCAAUCUGCUGCUGGUGCAUGGGGAACGCUACAUGGCAGUGUUGCAGCCACUCCGGCCCCAUGGAAGUGUGCGGCUAGCCCUGUUCCUCACCUGGGUCAGCUCCCUGUUCUUUGCCAGCCUGCCUGCUCUGGGCUGGAACCAUUGGAGUCCUGAUGCCAACUGCAGCUCCCAAGCUGUCUUCCCAGCCCCCUACCUCUACCUGGAAGUCUACGGGCUCCUGUUGCCUGCCGUGGGGGCCACUGCCCUUCUCUCUGUCCGAGUGUUGGCCACUGCCCACCGCCAGCUGUGUGAGAUCCGCCGACUGGAGCGGGCAGUGUGCCGCGAUGUACCCUCAACCCUGGCUAGGGCUCUCACCUGGAGGCAGGCUAGGGCACAGGCAGGAGCCACACUGCUCUUCUUGCUGUGUUGGGGGCCCUAUGUGGCCACAUUGCUCCUGUCAGUCUUGGCCUAUGAGCGUCGCCCACCACUAGGGCCUGGAACUUUGUUAUCACUCAUCUCAUUGGGCAGCGCCAGUGCUGCCGCUGUGCCUGUGGCCAUGGGGCUGGGUGAUCAGCGCUAUACAGCACCCUGGAGGACAGCUGCCCAAAGGUGUCUACGAGUGCUUCAAGGAAGAGCCAAGAGGGACAAUCCAGGCCCCAGCACUGCCUACCACACCAGUAGCCAAUGCAGCAUUGACCUGGACUUGAAUUAGGGAAGCAGCAGCUACUGCUGCCUCCCAG